UACAACCCCCUAUGCGCCGGCAUCGGUUGCGGUGACCACCACCUCUUUCCUCCCCGUCUCUUGUCGAUUGCACUAUGGCCAACGAGACGACCGCCGCACUCCUAAGGACGUUCCUGGAGGAUGUGCGCACUAUUCGGUAUUCGGAAUUGGCUUCUAGCACUAUCAUUGUCUUCGAUCAUCUAAUCACGCUGGACCAGGAGUACAAUCUGAUAUGGACGUCGUCGUGGACACUGGGAAAAUGUCUAUUCUUGGUUAAUCGCUACUACACGCUCCUUACAUUGGUGUUCAACAACUAUGCUCUUUUUAGCCCCAACAUGACCGAUUCACUCAGUCUAUCGUGGUAUAUGUGGCAAGGUUGGACAGGAGUCAUCGCGUUCGUAAUCGCCGAGAUGAUCCUACAGCUCCGAUUAUAUGCGUUGUAUUUGCUAGACAAGCGCGUACUCGCCUUCAUGGUGACGGUCUCAUUGUGCGCCGCGGCGGCAUCCGCAAGCGUCAUGGGCUCCGUUCUAUCUAAAAUUACCGCAACCGCCCAUCCAUUCCCAGGCCACAACUUCUGCGUUGUGGGAAACGUUUCGGACCACUUCUAUGCGUUCUGGAUACCAAUGCUCGCGUCGGAGAGUGUGCUGUGCGGCCUUGCGGUGUACCGCUUUAUGCAGAACCACCGUUCGAGGUCCACGUUGUUCCAGACGGGGCGGCGACUUGUUGAGAACCUGAUCCGUGAUUCUGUUUUUUACUUCGUUGUGAUGUUUGCGACGUACUUCACCAACACGCUCAUCUUUAUCUUCGGGGCGGCGGCGAAGAUGGAGAUACCGAUCGGAUUUGCGGUCGCGCUGUCGUGCGUCAUGGGCAAUCGGCUCUGCCUGAAUGUGCGUGGGAUGGUCCGCGGCGAGGACCCGCUCCCGUCAGAGUCGGGCUUGCUGUCCGAGUCUAGCGACGACAUGCCAGUGUUCACCGUCGAGUGUGGGACGCCGCUGUCGGCGAUGCAGAUGACGGAACUGCGAUCGAUGCGAUCGAUGCGAUCGGUGCGGUCUGCGCGGUCUGCGCGGUCUAUGAGUGGAUGGUCCACGCCUGUGUAAGUAUAACUUAUGUAUGGAGAAUUUUGACGUAAUACUUUGACAUGGGUUGCUCGGAGGGCUCAUG